UCAAAAUUUAAUUGCAGUUUUUUAAAACAAAAAUUUGAUAGAAAUUUUCCAACGUGUUUAAAGAACUUUAUUUUGUGGAUAAUUGAACACAUAACAUUUGUCUUAACAUUAUUAUACAACACAAUAUGUUAUAUACUCCCAUUUGUAAAUGAUAUUACUGAUUGGACUUCGUACAAUGUAAAAAAUUAUAUUAGCUAUUUUGGGAACAAAUAUAAUCCUUUGAAUGAUGAUGACCUUGAAGAAGACGAAAAAGAGUUUUGCUGGUGGACAAAAUACUACGUGUUCAAACAUCAAAAGAAAAUAUUCCAAGAGAAUAAACAUGUAAGUGUGAUGUUCAACAAACUUCUACCAAGAAAAUCAAAUAAAACCCAUAUUCCUGAAUAUUAUUUGAAAACUAAAUCAACAACAAUACACGUAUAUACCUAGUUUAAAAUAAUGACUAGUAAUUAUAAAUGAAAUAAGUUUUUUUUUAAAUUAAAUCAGCUAUACGAUUGUGAAAUAGAAAGUGUUCCGGAAUUUAACGGAUUUGAAGACAAUUUAAAAAAAUUCAGAAUCUAUGGUUUUGAUCAAAAGAAUGAAAAGGCAACAGUUGUUGCUAUAUUAAAAGUAAUUAUUUGUAAUAGGUAUAUUACGAGUUAUGACUUUUCUAUCUUAAACACCAGUGACACCUAGUACCUAUUGUCUUACAAGUAAAAUACAAUUACAUAGUUAUAGUGUUGCUAUAACGUCAUAUAAAAUUUAUUCCAUUCGUGGCAAGUUUCUUUCCACCCGUAUACUAUGGGAAACGUGCAUUUGUAUCCAAUGCCAGUUGGUAACGACAAACAAGGAACGUCUCAAGAACAAUUAUUUUCAAACACUGCAUAUCAAAUAUGGCCAGGAUUGAAAUCGAAUGCGGCAUGCAAAGUCGUCGUGCGUGCUUAUAUAUUGAGAGCAUACAACUUACAUCCCGGCGAUAUUAGUGGACUAUCAGAUCCAUAUGUAGAAAUUGUCUUAGGGAAAUCCAUUCGCAUAUCGGAUAGCAAAAAUUACGUCCCUAAAACAUUAAAUCCUGUGUUUGGCAGGUGUUUUGAAAGAGUAAUAUCGUUCCCAGAAUGUUCAACGAUGAAAAUAAGAAUUAUGGAUUACGAUAGAAUCGGGAAAAAUGAAUUGAUCGGUGAAACGACAAUUGAUAUAGAAUCGAGAUAUUACAGCAAACAUAGAGCUUACUGUGGACUACCAAAGCAGUAUAACAAGGAUGGAUACAAUCGUUGGAGAGAUAGUGAAAAACCUUCAAAAAUUUUACAUAAACUGUGUUUGUUACAUUCAUUGAAACAUCCAAUAUACACGACGAACAGUGUUACAAUUGGUCUUAAAACAUUUCACGUCCACGAAGAAAAUAUUGAAUCCGAUAGACAAUCAUUGGCAUUGUAUGUAUUAAACCAUUGGCAAGAUAUGCCAGUUGUUGGUUAUCAUUUAGUGCCCGAAUAUGUAGAAACUAGGACAUUAUAUAAUCCAGAUAUGCCUAACUUACAUCAAGGGACGUUAGAAAUGUGGGUCGACAUGUUUUCCAGGGAUAGUAAUAUUCCUGAAAUGGUAGACAUUAAGCCACCAAUUGUUGAACUCUACGAACUUCGUGUAAUUAUUUGGUCAGUCACUGAUGUAAAACUCGUGGAUAGCAACUUUUUUACAAAAGAAAAACACAGUGAUAUUUAUAUCAAAGGAUGGUUGCCAGGUGUCGAAAAACGAUCUACAGACGUUCAUUACCGAUCAUUGAACGGUGAAGGAUUGUUCAACUGGAGACUGAAAUUCUCGUUUCCUUAUAAUAAAACGGAAAAUAUUAUUGUCUACAGAAAAAAAAAUUAUUUUGGUUUUGACCACGAAGAACAACAAUUUUCUCCAAAGUUAAAUCUUGAAAUUUGGGAUAACGACCAGUUAUCACCGGAUUUAUACAUAGGUUCUUUGACUUUGAACUUGCGCAAUAUGCCUCGUGGGGCAAAAUCGUCAUGGAUGAGUAACUUAUCCGAAAUGUCCCGAAUAAACUUGUUCAAAGUAAAAAAAACAAGUGGAUGGUGGCCAUUUAUUUCCACGGAAAAUAAUAAAAAUACUAUUGUAGGUAAAGUAAAUGCCGAAAUUCAAAUUAUGACCAAGCAAGAAGCGGAUAAAUCACCAGCUGGAUUUGGUAGAGAUGGUCCUCAACCUUUGACCGUACCGAAGAGACCGUCCACUCAUUACUUAAAAGCAAUUAUGGAUCCAUUUAAGUUUGUAUUCCGAAGUUUAUUCUCAGCUAACAGAACAAAAUUUUUAGUUAUUUUAUUAAUUGUUUUUGUGGUAUUGUUUUUUCUCAUAAUGAUUUAUGCGAUUCCAGGAAACUUAAUAAGAAUACUAUUUGACAAGUUCUUCAAAAAAAAUUAACAUUAUUUUAUUUUUAUUUUUUAUAGAUAAAAUAAUGUUGUAAAUUAAAUCUUAAAUAAAAUAAAACUUAUAACUUUAAGCA